AUGCACCCACUGGCCGUCGCCCUCGUCGCGCUCCUCCUCGCGCACCCCGCCGCCGCCCAGUCAUACUACUACGCCCCGCCCAGCCUCCCCGGAUGGCAGAUCGCGCUCAUCGCCGUCGUCGUGGUGCUGGUGCUCAUCGGGGCCGGGACGGCCAUCGCGCGCGCAGCGUCCCCCCGCCCCCUUGCCCCGCGGUCCUCGUUGCCCGUCGUGCAGGUGUACCACACCGACGGGGUGCACUCGGUCCGCGCGCCAGCGUACCCCGCGAACCCGUUCCCCGAGGGCCAGGGCCAGUACCCCGUCGUCCCGCCACCACCGCCGGAGCACCACGCGUCGUUCCACUCGCACCAUCCGCCGCCUCCGCCGAGCGCGGACACCGGGCCCCCGAUAAGCGAUGCCUCGACCGCGCCGCCGCCAGCAUAUACCCCCACCACGGCUGCGUCAUAG